AGUUCAGACUCUGCUAUCCCAUGCUGUAUUGGGCGGAGGAUUCUGGGCAAAAACACGUGCAAGGUUUUGUCGGAUUAGUCUUGAUUUCCAUGUUGUUUAUUGUGAAUUCUUGAAGUUUCGACUAGUUUUUGCCGAAAUGCAAACUCUGUGAAUAUUGAUUGAAGAUCAGUAAGAAUUGCUUUGGCGUUAAAUGCAAGUUUAACGGAGAAUUCAGGGUGAAACACGCCUCACUACCACGUGUGAUCGUAUCUCGAUGGAGCUGGCGGAAAACUCAACUAGUGCAAAUAYUUCUUCUUUGAGCCGCUUAUCCUCUGCAAAUUCAACGSCAUCAGGGUCUAAUGUCGCUAAAAAGCGAAAAAUUAGGAGGAAAAGUAAAUCCGAUGGAUCAAAAGCCGCCCGUAUUGCUCCAGAUCUGGACAUCGUCAGUGGAUUUGCCUUCCUCUCCUUCUCCAAUAUUGAAGAUCUCGAACAUCACAUCGAAGAAACCGAAGCAAAAUCUCRCRGUUUGAGCAUUAAUGUCGGCCAAAAGAGGAAAAUACAACCUAAAAAUGUCGAAGAAAAAGCCGAAGUUGUGCGAARUGUCUCCAAAAGAAUUAAAAUUCCUUCGCAGAAAAUUUUGGAAAGUUAUGCUACAAAGGAUAUCCCUAUCAACCAGCUUGUAGCGUCGCAGGAGUUCCACUGCAAACAAACAGGAAAAAUAAAGAUAUCUCCAGAAAGUAAACAAAGCAGCACGARUUUGAACAGUUUGAAUGUGAACAAAAGUCACUAUUCAGAGUCAACAUAUCGAUUUCCUGAGAAAAUUCAUGUUGAAGAAGAUCAUGAUUUUUCACUUGAGUGUUCUGAGACUCUAGAUGCGUGUAUGUUUGAUGAUGAAGAUAUCAGACCUAUUUUAAAACUCGAUGACAACUCAAAUAUUGAAAAAAGUCCUGUAAAGAAACACAAGAAGAAGAAAAAGAAGGUCAUAAGUGAUACAUCAUGUCAAACAAUGUUCAGAAUCAAGAAAAAGAAAAARAAACCGGUAGAUAGUGCUGAACCAAGUAAAGCACAAACUACUGUUCCUGAAGAGAAUUUUGAAAUUGAUGUUGUAAAUGUUACAGAGAUCAACCAAGAAAACAACMAAUCAGAUUUGACUUCAGACUUUGAGAAAGCUGUYGAAAUAAUAACRAUUGAUGCACAUGGUGAUGCAGACAAUGACRRCCAGGACCUCACUGCUAAAGAAAAAUAUAAACAAUUACAAGCCACAAAGUUUUUUGAUUCCAGAUAUCCAAAACCAAAGAYMUCAAACAAGGUUGAAAAAAUUGAUUACUGYGCCCGUUCUGGAGGAGUGAAUUUGGUUGAAAAGCACCAUCARCGYCAAGCUAAGCUUAAAGAUGAUUAUGAUGCAGUUAGCWUGGKUAGUUAUAAUCAGCAAUACCCACUUGAUGAUGCUGAUGAUACAAGCAGCCUUUCUGAUAAUUCCAACAGUGGAAAUGAAUGCAACAAUUUUUUWCAAGACCAAGAAGGUUUGSUCUSUGAUAAGAGUAGRAUUUUUGCCGGYUCUUCAUCAGUWUUUCUCAGUGCAGAAGAACCUCACAAUGACUCAGAAGURGACAUUGGUGAUGAUUCUGAAGAGUCUUCACAUUCACCCAUCAAUAUUGUCAAGGCAUUGCCAAAGAAUUAUCUCUUUGGCCAUUUUAGCACGUAUCCUGAAAAAAGCACYGAUGGAACUGUUGAUGUUAGUAUUCAAAUCUAUGAUAAUGAUAUUCAGUUGUAUAUGAACUAUGCCUCUGAUUUUAAUGGAMAAAUCAUCAAGAUUAUCACUCCUGAUAAUGAGGAAAUGUCCAAAAACARCAACUCCUGUAUACCUAAUUGUUCAACAAUGUCUAGUGUACCAAAAUUCUUGCAGCCUCAGGAGUAUGUYAAAGCAAUCAGGAGUGCAACAGAAAGAAAUCGUCGUCAUAAUUUAGGUGACUUAUUCAACCACCUGAAAAAUGAGAUUUUUGGUGAUGUGAGAGAAUUUUACUUUAGUAAACAAUCAAUUUUGUCAAAGGCCCUUGAAGUGAUCAGUUCAGAAGACCAACAGCAUUAUGAACUGAACAAAGAAAAGGCCAAACUCAGUGCCAAAAACCAGCUACUCAGAACAAGUUUGAAUAAACUUCUGUUYGGAGAAACAGCUGAAUGUAGUAAGAAAGUUGAUGUUGACAAAGUCACAGAUUAUUUGAAGACAAUCAACAUUAAGAUUCAAAUGCCAAGCAAAGAUGAAAACAAAGAAGAAGCAGACAAAGGCACUCAAGAACAAGGUGAUGCUGCAAAAUAUGUAAGCAAGAAAGGACGACCACCAUUAGUAGGAAAGCUCUUCAUGCCCAGGAAGACAGUCCUGCUUCCRAAACCUGUGUCAACWCCAGCAGCAAUUGAUUCAGAAAAUAAUGACAACAAAGAAACACAAAAAAACAUUAUCAAUAAAGACCACCAACGGUUCGAAGGAAAAAGCUUCUUUGUGCCUGUGAAGCUGACACAAGCACCAUCAGAGGUACCAAAACCAAAGCAUUUAUCAAGCAAUGUCAAUGUUGUUAUGAACAGUAAAAUCAAAGAAUUUGUCGCAAUUGCACCAAGAGUCACUGAAAAGAAGACAUCAACUGACAAUCAAGAAAGCAAUCUCAAUAUUGCUAUCAACAACAAAGUCAAAGAAUUUGUCGCAAUUGCYCCACGUUGCACUGAGACCAAAACAUCGUCAGAUGAAGAAGAAAGUAAUCUCAAUGCUGCUAUCAAUAACAAAAUCAAAGAAUUUGUUGCAAUUGCACCAAGAGGCACUGAGAGAAAGACAACUACAUCAGAUGAACAAGAGAGACUAGAUGUCACAAAUGCAAACACUGACAAYGUUGUUAUUUCAGAGCCUCGACUGUCAGCGGACAUACAUGUACCUCUUGGGAAAAUUGUGUGUAAUCUUUCAAACAUCACAGGUAUGAAAUUGAUUACAAACCCUGCCGAACCACURAAGGCAAUCGAAAGCAAAAAUGUUGUACACAUCAAGAUUGCAAAUGAUACWAUGAAACAAAUGAGCAACACAAGAAAUCCUGCAGCAUCCACAAGCACAGAARACAAAGGCUUUAAGACAGGUCAAGAAUCAAUAAAGCAAAGCAAAAUCUUYUCAACACAAUGUGGUAGUACUCAAACAAGUCCCAGUGAUUUACAGACCUCUUCAGAUUAUUUGAACAAUCUAAAACCACAACAACAAGCGACAAUGUCARAURCAACAAGUUUUGAAGGGAAGCAGUAUUUACUUGCAAAGCCAUCAAUAAGUGGKACAAACACGACUUUACUGGCUUUAAAACCAACUGAUUCACUUAAGAAGCUUGUUAAUAUACUAAAAGAAAAGGGAUUGGUUCAAAGACCUGUUCCUGGCUCCAGUGCAGCCRCCAAUCAGUCCUCAAAAAUAACAAAAGUUGUCAUUGGAGCUGCUAAUCCACAAUCUUCUACUGAGACUUCCUCAGUCAGCCUUCCAAGUCCAAUUGUACAGCGACAAGCUCUUCCAAGUCCAACAGCAAGUGGUGUUCAAACCAUGACAAAAACAGCUCAAGUACAGAAAUCCAAUUUAGUAACAGUGCCAGCAAAUCUCACCAUUGGAAAUAAUUCAAAGCUAACUCCCAUGGCAACUCAAGGCAUUGUAAGAGGCCAAGGUCAUGUGACCAUGGCAACUCAAGGGUGUGGUAUCACUACUMAAGGAAGUGUUUCCAUGGCAACUCAACCUUAUCUUCCAACAACAAGUCAGGGAUAUGUUACCAUGGCAAACCAAGGGUGUGCUACCAAUGCAAACCAGGGAAAUCUUGCCACAACUCCUCAAGCUCAUAAUAAAGUGAACACAAAAUAUGUCAUGGGAGCCUCACAACAUGCUGUAGUUUCAACACCAUCUGAGCAAAAGUAUGUGAAAGUUUUACCCCAACCAUCAAGAGGUCUAGCCCCACAGAGCCAAAUGAAUGUUGUACCAAAUAGUGCACAGCCUAUCAGAAUCAUCUUCAAGCCAACAGGAAAACCUAUUAAUACACCAGCAGASCAGGUCAAGGGAGUAAUGCAGUCUCAAAGAUUGCUUAGGCUUCCUAUUGCCAAUGCCAAGUUAUUGUCACAAAGUAGCUCAGCAACUUCUAGUACCUUGCAAACACCUAAUAUCAGAUUGCUGUUGCACARCACUAAACAACCUUCACAGAAUUCCGYUCAACAAACAGUAAGUAAUGUCCAUAUGCAGAAAARUCCAACUGSUAUGGCACCAAGCAAAGGAAAGCAACCAUUGGUUUAUAUAAAACCUCUUCCUACAAAACCUCMUCCCAUUGCAUCUACCACAACAAGUGUAACUACUUUGACAACAUCUGUUCAGCUAGGACCAGCAAGUGCUGCUUCCAAACCAACUUCAAUAAAUGUUAGUCCAGCAGUUAAUUCAGUAUCAAAUAGCUUGAUUAACCAAAUAGCAUCAGGGAACUCAACUCAAUCAACUAGUAAUAGUAACCAUUCCAUGAUUUCAAGGCAGGAAAUACAAGGACCGGUAUUUCAACAUCAAACAAAUCCACUCACCGCUGUUCAGAGUCCUAUGACAGCAGUCGCUACAGAGUCAAAGAAAACUAUCUUCUCAGGAAUGGAAGAGAUGGUUGCCAAGAUACCACCUCUACCAUCGCCUUUGCAGCAACAAAAUGUGCCAAUUUUGCAGAACACUUUUGUAAAUAAGCUACAAUUAAGUCCAUUGAAGGCAACUGUGAGACUUCAAAGACUAACAAAAGAUGCUCUCACAGUACCAWCCAAGGUCAUGAGCAAUCCUCCAAGCAAUCAGAUGCAGGCAGGCUGUACCAGCACUAAUAACAAAGGYUCUUUACAAGGAAUUUCUCAGGCUAAACCUCUUUGUCUUGAAAACGUGACAUCAAGUUGUCAAAGUAACGUCCCUUCAACUGCAGURCAUACAAGUGUGACACCCUCAAAAGACUGCAGUUCGUCAGUUACAGCACCCUUCCAGUUUUCUGCACCAAAGCCAGACAAAACUUGUUCAGUGGUAGAAAGUGUAGUUGAUAAUAGCAAUGUUGUUACAGCUGACACUUUAUCAACAUGGAAUAUUGAUAGCUCUAUACCAGACAUCACAAGUGAGCUUCAAAGUGGCCACUGAAAGCAUURUUUGAUACUGUGGCAACACAGGAUAYGAGAAAUUCUGGMAUCCAUYAAAAUACACAGAAAAACGAUUGUUCUGGAAAAGAUUGCAAUGCAAAUUAGGACUUUGACUUUCUGGAAGCUUCUUUGGAGGCCCCAGGACAGUAUUUCUUACUGGGAAAAAAGUAGAAUGAACAUGUAUGCUAGGACAACUUUCUAACAGUUUUGGUGGUAUCAGGUGUAAGUAAGAACCCUGCGCCAACAAAAAGAAUGACAUAAAUUCACAUAAUGCUCAUCAAAAGACAGUAGUACCGUGCAACUGUAAAAAAUCUAAGUAGUGCUUAUUUGUACUAAAAGUGGACCUGAAGCAAAUUGGUAGAGUGCACGCCAAAAAAGCAUGAAAGAAUUCUUAACUAUC